AUGAUACCUAAUACAUUUCAAGAUAUUUCUUUAAAAGAAAAAUGUAUUAUUGUAGACGAAGAGGAUAACGUGUUAGGAUCCGCUUCCAAAUUGGAUUGUCAUAAAAUUCAAAGUGAUGGAAGUUUAAUUCUUCACCGUGCAUUUAGUUUGUUUAUAUUUAAUAGUAAAGGAGAAAUACUUUUGCAACAAAGAUCACCCAAUAAAAUAACAUUCCCUCAUAAUAUUGCCAAUGCUUGCUGUAGUCAUCCACUAUACGAAAUUGAACAUGAAAGAAAUGAAAAAAAUGCUGUAGGAGUUAAAUUAGCUGCUCAAAGACGAAUGAAUAUAGAAUUGGGUGUAACACAAGAUCAAACUUCAUUAGAUGAUUUUCAUUACAUAACUCGAAUACUUUAUAAAAGUAAAGAUAAUAUCGAAUGGGGAGAACAUGAAUUAGAUUAUAUAUUAUUUUUAAAAAAAGAUUUAGACAUAGUACCCAACCCUGAAGAGAUUUCAAAUGUAAAAUAUGUGGCUCAAAAAGAUUUUGAUGAUUAUAUUUCCAAUUUAAAACAUCCUAUUUCUCCAUGGUUUAAACUUUGCACAAAAUAUUUUUUACACCAUUGGUGGAAAAAUCUUCAUAAUUUGGAUGUAAUUAAAGACCAUUCAACAAUACACAGGUUAUAUUAA